AACCAGCGUCAUAUCCCUUGCGUGCACAAACAUACACUCAGUCGACAGAUUGUGAGCUGCACUUAUCUAAAACUGAUGCAGUCUAAUCCAGCAGCCCUGUGAGGUCGCUCGUUGAUUCAGGCGUCGGAGGAUGCGGUUUGUGGUGCUGCCGUGCUGUACUGGAUUAUACGGAGAGGUGUUUCUGUCGUUUAGCCUCGAGGUGGAGAAAAUCAUACAGACGCCUCUCAGCAUAACGUAAUGAGAUUCAACAGCGCCACAAACUGCAGCCUCCGUAAUGAGCACAAAGUUGGAGCCUCUAUUGUCGCUGCUGUCCCCGGAUCAAGAGACGAAGAAAUUCCACCGCCUGGGUCCAGAUCUACAGAAGGCGGCUUUUACUGAAGGUCUUUCCUGCUGCUAGUCACCGGUAUAGUCAGCAGCACAGACUCUACGAGCACAUACACUCAGUGGCCACUUUAUUAGGUACAACUGCACAAUCUAAUGCAACUGUUGUGCCAUAGAGUCAUUUUUAUGAUGCGCAUAACGUUUACCCCGUAACUGUGUUGGUGAGCUUGUUCUGCAAAAGGUUAAAUAUCGUGGGUUUAGGGCCAAAAUACAUUUUUUUUAAAUCUGCUGCCGUGGAGCGUGUGAAUCCUCCAGACCUCUCAGUUUGUCUGUUACACCGUCUGCUACUCUCUCUCCCCAGAGUCAAAACCAAACAUUCAUUCAGUGCUGCAGUCAGUUUCGUAAACCAUAUAUCUGGAACAUUUUACAGAAGAUUUUAGAUCUUCCACAACUCUAAAUUCUUUCAAAGUUAAUCAGUUACUGGGGACUGUUCAUUCACAUCUACUGCACAGUAGUCUCUAUUGUAAUGUUUAAUCUGUUUUAGUCUGUUCUAGCUUAGUUUUAUCUUCUAUUUUAUUUUGUUUUACGUUUUUAAUAAAAUGCUACCUAUAUGUGUAUUUUAUAUUGUUUUUGUUUUUCUUUAUGUUGCCUUGUGUUUCUUUUAUAUCUUGCCCUUUUUGUCUCAAGUAAGGCACUCUGAAUUGCCAUGUUGCUGUGAGGUUCCUUCAGAGAAAGACAGAUAGGCCCUAAAUUUUUUUUUUAGUUCGAAAACACAUCCUUUCAUUCUUUGUGGUGCCUUUUGCUACUAAUAAAACACUGCAGCAGGGUUGUUCUGAUGGACCAGUGUUGUGAAUCCCCAUUUGCAAUUGACAUUUCAACAUAACCGUGAUUUUAUGAGUUCGGGUCCAGUUCAGCAGCUUCAUUGGACCUGAACCUUUUUGUUGCUUUGGACUCACAGCGACGUUAUUUAGAGGAACAAUGUCACAACAUUCUGAUGGGUUUUUGAAUAUGAGCUUUAUUUUGAAAUUUAAAGCAGAAGUGAAUUUAUUUGUUACCUUCCUCACGGGAUCCGGUCGUUUGCAGACGAGGCCGAGUGCAGGAUAAACACGAACCGCCCCGGUUUGACUCAGAUACCCGCCGUGAUGUUCGCCGGGAUACGGACGGAGGACCGGGAGGACCCGGGGGUCCUGGAUGCUGCGGCUGUGAGGCAUCAGAGGAGGCUGAAACAGGCGGUCCGGUUCCUCCAUCAAGAAUCGGCUGAUCUGCUGCCUCUGGGUGGACUGAAGAAGCUCGGGACAUGUAAACAGGGGCAGCCCCAACGCAUCCUGCAGAUGCGCCUGCCGGAGGACCAGCUGUCCCGGGGAAGGACGGGCAUGCGCGGGGUAACACCAACCAGCGGAGGGGUCCUUGGGAGUAAUUUCAAUGCACAUGAAGAUGGGGAGGAAGAGGGGGAGGAGGAGGAGGAGGAGGAGGAAGUUCAUCUGCGUGCCCUGCAAGUUGCCGGUGUUACGAGUCUCCGGGCGCUGAUGUGGGACGGCUGCGUCUCUCUGGUUCCUGCCACCCUGUUUUUACCCAUUUCAGCAUCCAGCUAUGACAGGAGAGUCAGGGAGCUCCAAAUCCCAACAUCAGCUCCCGCUCCGUAUUGCAGCUGGCUUUGCGCUCGCAGCUCCUCCUGCACUCCCCGGCUGUUCUGCACCGACUGCUCAGCAUCUGCAUCUUGCCAGCUGUAG